AUGGCUUAUCGUAUUCGUUACUGGCAGUAUAAUCGUCAUCUGUUUGCUCAGCACAUAUCUAAGCUUCUUUACUCGGACCCCCAUAGACCUCUUUUGUCUGCUGCUCGCUUUUAUUCAACCCAAGACCCCGCAUCUAGCAUGGCAGCUGAAAACACUACCAAGAGACUCGAAUCUCUUCGUGCUUUAUUUGACAAGAAUGGAAUUGGCAUUUACAUUGUUUUGACUCAGGAUGAGCACCAAAGCGAAUACCCCGCUGCGUCGGACCACAGACGCGAAUUUAUUUCAGGGUUUACCGGUUCUGCCGGCACUGCAAUUAUUACCAAAGACCAGGCAUUGCUUUCUACGGACGGCCGAUACUUUUUACAGGCGGAAAGGCAGCUGGACUCCAACUGGACGUUGUUGAAGCAGGGAGUGCCUGGAGUGCCUACUUGGCGGGAGUGGGUUGUCCGAGAGGCAACCAAAACGGGAUGCAACAUUGGUGUAGACCCCAAACUCAUUAGUUAUUCAGAAUACUCUGCCUUGGUCCGUGAUCUUAAGCAGUAUGGUUUACAAGAUUUACUUGUACCGGUAACGCCUAAUCUCGUUGACCUUGUAUGGGGCGAAGCCCGUCCAGCACGUUCUAAGAGCCUGGUGACUAUUCUACCUGUUCAGUACUCAGGGUUAUCAUCGAUUGAAAAAAUUAAACAGCUUCGUCAGACAAUUGAGAGUAAGCGAGGUCUCGGGUUUGUAGUGACAGCCCUAGAUGAGGUUGCAUGGCUGUUUAACCUUAGAGGUACAGAUAUCAUUUACAAUCCUGUAUUCCGAUCUUUUGGCUAUGUGUCUGCAACUGAAGCCGUGCUUUACGUUGACCCGGACAAGAUUAGUAAGGAAGUUGGGACUUAUCUUAAGAAGAAUCAGGUUACAGUUAAGCCUUACGAGGCUAUUAGCGAUGACCUCCAUACGGUACAGACUACACUACUGAAGCACAAUGCUGAAGCCACAAGCGUUGAGUUGCGCAAACGUGUACUUUCUUCAACUGACAUUUCGUGGGAGCUUUAUGAUGCACUUGGUGGUGAGGACAAUGUAACAUUUAUUGCAUCGCCGGUAGAAACCGCUAAAGGCAUUAAAAACAAGGUUGAAAUUGCAGGUGCACGAGAGUGCCAGAUUCGAGAUGGCGCAGCGCUAAUUCGAUAUUUUGCGUGGCUUGAAAAUGAGCUCAAGAAUGGACGUACUUAUUCUGACUAUGAUGCUGGACUUAAGGCCGAACACUUUAGAUCGCUUAUGGAUAAGUAUAAGGGUCUGAGUUUUGAAACCAUUUCAUCGUCUGGAGCCAAUGCUGCUGUGAUUCAUUAUGCACCUGCUAAGGAUAGUAAGUUUAUGGUGGACAUUAACGAGGUUUAUUUGUGCGACUCUGGGGCUCAGUACCUGGACGGCACAACUGACACAACAAGAACUCUCCAUUUUGGUACUCCUAGUGAGGAGAUUAUUCACCGAUACACUCUUGUUUUAAAGGGUCACAUUGCAAUUGCUCGUACAGUUUUCCCUGAGGGAACAAAUGGAUAUAUGCUUGAUGUUUUUGCACGGCAGUUUUUGUGGCGCGAAGGUCUGGAUUAUCGUCACGGAACAGGUCAUGGUGUUGGAAGUUAUCUUACUGUGCAUGAGGGGCCAAUUGGAAUUGGUCUACGAUCCUACUAUGGGAAUGCUAGUUUCCAGGCAGGUAACAUUUUGAGUAAUGAGCCUGGGUACUAUAAGGACGGACAUUAUGGUAUUCGUAUUGAGAAUGUUGUGCUUGUGAAGGAGGCUGAUAGUAAGUCUGGCGUGCCACCUAAUGAGUUUGGCAAGAAGAAUUUUGUUUUUGAGACACUGACGCGUGUGCCGCUUUGUCAAAAGCUGAUUGAGAAGAAGAUUCUUACACAGGACGAGAUUGACUGGAUCAAUGAUUACCAUCAGGUUGUUUACAAUGAUACUUUGAGUUUUGUUGAGCAUGAUUCGUUGGCGACGGCCUGGCUUAAGAGAGAAACUAGUCCUUUGUAA